UUGGCGGCCUAGUAAGGCCUAGCCUUGUCCUCCCUGGAAAUACGUCCUCUUCCUCCUCCUCCUCCAUCUCCUCUUCCCCCGUCUUUCCUCCUCCUGGUCUCCCACACCCAGCCAGAGGCUGCCCUCCUGCCCGCCGGGCCACGGUCCUGCCGUCGAGGAGGAGGCCCGUCGGGCGGACGCAGGGGGGCCGGGCCGGGGGUCAGUGGGAGGCGUUGGCUUGGCGGCCUACUAAGGCCUAGCCUUGUCCUCCCUGGAAAUACGUCCUCUUCCUCCUCCUCCAUCUCCUCUUCCUCCAUCCUUUCUCCUCCUGGUCUCCCACACCCGGCCAGAGGCUGCCCGGCCAUGGUCCUGCCAUCGAGGAGGAGAAGGGUCUCAGAGUGGGCGGCGGGCCCCCCACACCGCGGGGGCAGUGGGCAGGAGCGGGCCCCGACCGGUGGGCUGCCCGGCGUGACCCCCGCGGGCCACAGCUCAGGGUCCGGCCUGCCCUCGGGGGCCAGGGCCUUGGCCGAGCCGGCGGGCGACGCUGCCCAGGUGUCGCUGAGGACGCUGCUGACCGCCAUCCAGACCAUGGAGGGGAGGCUGGAGGGCAAGAUCGAGACCCUGGCCUUCAGGCCGCCGCCCCCAGGGAGACGGACCCCCUCCGACAUCCCCCCGCACGAGGGGCCCCGGGCGGGCACGUUGCAGCGGAAACUGGCAGAGGCCAAAGAGGACAACGGAAAGGUGACGGCCAUGCUGGAGAGCGUGUUGGCAUCGCACAGCAAGAUGCAGGGAGCCCUGGACCUGGUGCGGGCCGAGCUCGGCGGACGAGACCUGGAGAUCGCCGGCCUGCGCAGGGACAGGGCUCAGGGCCUGCAGAGAGUCCAGAAAUUGGAGGCCGAAGUGGACAACUGGCAGGCCCGGCUGGCCAUAGCCGAAGCCCAACACGCCAAAGAGGUGGAGCCACUGCGCCGGUCCCUGGAGGCGUGCGGGGCGGACAACCGGAAGCUGUCCCAGAGCCUGGAGCAGGCCGUCCAGACCAACGCCGGCCUGCAGAGUAGACUAGACCACCUCCAGGACAAGCUGGACCGCAGCCAGGCCGACCAACGCCUCCUGGAAGCCCACCGGCAGCAGCUGGCCGAGGAAGCCAAGAAGGAGGCCGGCCUGCAGGCCGAGCGACUGGAAGACCUGAAAAAGCAAUUCCAGGUGGAGAGAGAAGGCGCCAGGAAGGCCUCCCUCCGAGAAACGGCCGAGCUGAAACGAGCCCUGGACGAGGCCGGCUCCAGGUCGGCGGACGUGGCCCGGGCCAACAGGGAGCUGCGCCACAGGGUGUCGGAGCUGGAGGCCACCCUGGCCGGGCACCAGGAGAAACUGAGGACCCAGAAGAGCCAACUCCAGCACCACCGGGCUUCCAGAGCCGACCAGGCCCAGAACCUCCGGAGGAUGAAGCAAAUCGAGACGGAGCUGAGGCGGAUGGAGCUGGCUAAGGAGCAGUACCAGAAGAAGAACUACGAGCAGGCCCUCAGCAUCCAGACCUUCGUGGCCGAGAUGGCAGAGCUGCAGCGGGAGCUGCAGGCCCUGGCGAGGAACCAGCACGACGCCGCCGCUCGCCACCGUCAGCAGGAGACCCACCUGGAGGCCGAGAGGAAACUGAGGCAGGAGCUGGAAUCCCGCUGCCGGGGCCUGGAGGACACAGUUCGGACCCUGAAGAAGUGCAAGGAGGCCACAGAACAUAAACUGAGAGAAGCCCGCGCCGAGUCGGAGGAGAUCGCGGCCAGUCUGGAAGAGGCCCAGCGUUGGUUCCGCUCCAAGUUCGACGGCCUGCAACCGGAGCUGACGAGGAACCGCCUGCAGCCCCUCUCCAGGGACCAGGACGCGGCCGAGCGGCGGGCCGGACAGUCGGCCUUGCGGCGCUGGGAGAUGAAGCGACAGCAGCAGCAGGAGCGGAGAAGGCCCGGGACGGACAAGAAGUGACCUUCGCCCCGAGGGCGGCGGCCUGCUGGACACCUCUUCCUCCUCCUCCGGGCCCGACGGGCCGUCGGGGCCGGGCGGUCGGGCCUGGAGAGCCCCGCGCCCCCGAAUAAAUGGCGUGCCGGACGCCGA